CAGAGAGAGAGAGAGAGGAAAGUGGAGCUGAGACAAUAGAAAGGGAGGGAAUGAGAAGCACAAGAAGAGGAUAGAGGUUUGCACAGACUCUUAAAAUACUCCUGCACAGCUUCAUAAGAAUGAAGAGGAGGGGAGGACAUUGAUUUGAUCAGCACAUGAGCAGAGCAUGCAGCCAGCAACCCUUCUUGCAAUAUGUUCUCUAUAAUUCUUCACAUCUGCACAGCUACUUGGAUAGUCGAUGUGGAACAUUAGUUUUGGGCCAGGCAUCCUAUAACAAACACUUUAAGAACUGGGGGAGGGGGAGGGCAAUAGGAAAGUAUCUCACAUUAUUAUUACUUCCUAAGGACCAGCAAACUGUUUCCUGCUCAGGUGACCAUGUUGCGCUUGGCUUCAAUUUGUUGCUGCCUUUCUUUGGUCCACUGUUGGACAACUUUUCAGCAUCAGGUUCCAGCUUUCAGGAGCUCCUCAUCACAAGUUUUCCAGAUCUCAGACAGCAGGAUCUCACAAGGAACAGACAGCACAGAAAACAAAGUGGAAAGGCUGGGACAGUAUUUUAAGAAGAAUAUUAGGAGGUUGAGAGAGACAAGUCACAAUUUGGACCUGGUCUUUUUGGUGGAUGAGUCUUCUAGUGUAGGCCAUGCCAACUUUGUUAACGAACUAAGGUUUGUCAAGAAGCUUCUCUCUGACUUUCCAGUGGUGCCUUCUGCUACCAGAGUGGCCAUUGUGACGUUCUCUUCCAAGAACAAUGUUCAGACCAGAGUGGAUUACAUCUCCUCUAGUCAGUCUCAUCAACACAAGUGUUCUCUCCUCAACAGAGAGAUCCCAGCUAUCACCUACAAGGGAGGGGGGACUUACACGAAAGGAGCCUUCCAGCAAGCAGCGCAAAUACUCAGGCAUUCGCGUGGAGAUUCAACCAAGGUGAUCUUUCUCAUCACGGAUGGCUAUUCAAAUGGUGGAGACCCAAGGCCUGUUGCAGCAGGUCUACGAGAUCUUGGAGUUGAAAUCUUUACAGUUGGAAUAUGGCAUGGGAAUAUUCGAGAGCUGCAUGACAUGGCAUCCCAGCCAAAAGAAGAGCACUGCUACUUUCUGCACAGCUUUGAAGAGUUUGAAGCACUAGCGCGACGGGCACUGCAUGAAGAUCUGCCCUCUGGGAGUUAUAUUCAGGAGGACAUUUCACAUUGCUCUUAUCUGUGCGAUGCUGGGAAAGACUGCUGCGAUGUCAUGGCGAGCUGCAAGUGCGGCACUCACACUGGCCAAUAUGAAUGCAUCUGUGAGAAAGGAUAUUACGGUAAAGGACUGCAAUACGAGUGCACAGCCUGUCCAUCUGGGACGUACAAACCCGAGGGUAAACCAGGUGGAGUCAGCACUUGUAUCCCAUGUCCUGAUCCAAAUCACACGUCACCACCAGGGAGCACAUCAGUUGAAGACUGUGCAUGUAAAGAGGGAUAUGAAGAAGAAGGUCAGAUCUGCAAAGUGGUGCGCUGCCCAGAGUUGCUGCCCCCAGAGAAUGGCUAUUUUAUCCAGAACAUCUGCAACAAUCACUUUGAUGCAGCCUGUGGAAUCCGAUGCAUGACAGGGUAUGAAUUAGUAGGAAGCAGCAUUCGACUCUGUCAACCAAAUGGACUGUGGUCCGGCUCAGAAGCCACCUGCAAAGUUCGAACAUGUCCAAAACUUCAUCCCAUUGAAAAUGGCAAAAUAAGCUGUUCACCAAGUGAUACUUCAUAUGGAACUGUAUGUUCUGUGACAUGCAAAGAUGGAUACCGGGUGCAGGGACGUUCUAAACUUACUUGUCAAGCAAAUUCAUACUGGGAUGCAAAGGAGCCGAUCUGUACUGAAAUCUAUUGCCCUGCAUUUUCCAAGCCUGAAAACCUUCUGAUAUUUCCACUGACCUGUGGACAAGAGGCUGCUGUAUUUGGAUCAGUGUGCUAUUUGAGAUGUCAAAAAGGAUUUGUUUUGUCUGGAGUCGGGGAUGAAAUAAAAUGUACAUCCAAUGGCAAAUGGAGUGAAGAUAUCCAAACAGCAGUAUGCAAAGACACUGAACCUCCAGUAAUCAAGUGUCCAGAUGAUAUAACUGCCGAAAACAUUCAGCACCAAAAUAUAGCACAUAUUAAUUGGGAAAUUCCAGAAGCAACAGAUAAUGCGGAGGAAGAGGUAUUGAUUGAGGUUAUUCCAGCUUUUAUACCACCUCAUAUGUUUCCUAUUGGGGAGGUAUCUGUAACAUAUACUGCAACAGACAGUUCAGAUAAUCAAGCAAGUUGUACCUUCAGCAUCAAGGUUAUUGAUGUAGAUCCACCAGUCAUAGACAGAUGCAGAUCACCUCCAGUAAUUCAAACAAGUGACAGCAAUCAGAGUGUUACCUGGGAAGAGCCUCAAUUCUCUGACAACUCAGGUGCUCCAUUAAUUAUAACAAAAACCCAUUCUCCUGGAGAUAUUUUCCCUAAAGGAGAAACGGUUGUGGAGUAUGUUGCAAGUGAUCCUUCUGGAAAUACUAGAAAGUGUGAGAUUAAUAUCAUCAUUAAAGGCUCACCUUGUGAGAUUCCAUCAACACCUCAAAAUGGAGAAUUUGUCUGCUCCAAAGACAUGGAUGGUGUAAAUUGCACCAUACAAUGUAAGGAGGGUUUUGAAGUAGCAGAAGGCUCAGCUCAGAAUUUCUUCUGUACCUUUAAAGAUGGUGCAUGGAAACCGCAAACAACAGACUGGCCUGAUUGCUCUGUGAAACGUUUUGCUAACCAUGGAUUUAAGUCAUUUGAGACGCUGUACAAGGCCACACGAUGUGAUGACACCAACCUGCUGAAGAACUUUGCAGAUGCCUUUCAGACAUCGCUUGGUAAAAUGGUUCCAUCCUUCUGCGGUGAUGUUGAUGACAUUGAUUGCCGGCUUGAAGAUCAGUACCAGCAACAGUGCCUUGACUACAAUUAUUAUGAGAAUGGAUUUGCUAUAGGACCUGGUGGCUGGGGAGAUGCUAACAGACUGGAUUACUCUUAUGAUGAUGUUUUUGAUGUAACUGAUGAUGAACUAGGUGAAAAGUCUGAAACCACAUCUCAUCUACGUGUAAAGAGACAUAAGAGGGUGAAUAUUCCAGCUACAGAUCAGAAAGUCAAGUUUGUCUUUAAUAUUACAGCAAGCGUACCAUUGCCAGAGAGAAGGAAUGACACGGUGGAAUUAAGUAACCAAGAACGCCUCCUUAAAACUUUAGAGACUAUAACAAAUAGGCUGAAGAGGACUCUUCGCAAGGAGCCUCUAUAUUCCUUCCAGUUUUCUUCAGAAAUGAUCAUAGCUGAUAGUAAUUCAUUGGAGGAAGCUAAAGCUGUUCUCUUUUGUAGACCAGGCUCUGUACUGAAAGGACGAAUGUGCGUAAACUGUCCAAAGGGUACAUUUUAUUCUUUGGAACACAACACAUGUGAAAGCUGCUGGAUGGGCUCAUACCAGGAUGAAGAAGGCCAAAUGGAGUGCAAAAACUGCCCUAUCGGUACUUAUACUGAAUACCUGCACUCCAAGCGUAUAUCUGAAUGCAAAGCUCAGUGCAAGCCAGGAACAUAUUCCUUAAAUGGCCUUGAAACCUGUGAGUCAUGUCCACGUGGCACUUACCAGCCGGUGAUGGGAGCAAAGUUCUGCCUCUCCUGCUCAAGUGGAAUGUCAACAGUUAAAAGAGGAUCGGUGGACAGCGCAGAAUGUGGAGUUCCUUGCCAUGCCGGCGAGUUUUCACGAUCUGGAUUAGUGCCAUGCUUUCCUUGUCCAAGGGACUACUAUCAGCCGGAACCGGGGAAAUCUUAUUGCCUGUCAUGUCCAUUUUACGGAACAACAACUAUGACUGGAGCCAGGUCGAUAACAGACUGUUCAAGUUUUGGCUCCAGCUUCUCGGCAGCAGAGGAAAGCGUAAUGAUUCCCAUUUCUCCACAAAAUGUCAACAGCAAAUACAAAGUCAGCAGUCAGGUUUUUCACGAGUGCUUUUUAAAUCCAUGCCAGAACAGUGGAACCUGCAAACAAGUUGGAAGUGGAUAUACUUGCACAUGUCUCAAGGGCUACACAGGUACAAAGUGUGAAAUUAACAUUGAUGACUGCAAAUCCAUGCCAUGCAGAAACAACGGAAUUUGUAAGGAUGGGGUUGGAAAAUUUGAAUGUCAUUGUCCCGCUGGCUUCAGAGGUUCUUUAUGCGAAGAGAACAUUAAUGAAUGUAUUUCUAGUCCAUGUAAAAAUGAGGGCACGUGCAUAGACAGUAUAAACAUGUAUCACUGCCGAUGUGCAAAUGGAUUUCUUGGUACAAAUUGUGAAAUAGAAAUAGAUGAAUGCCUGUCAAAGCCUUGUGUAAACAACGGUGAAUGUAAGGAUCUGAAGGGAGAUUUUCAAUGUGUGUGCCCCCCCGGAUAUACCGGCAAACAAUGUGAACAAAAUAUUGAUGAUUGUCAAAGUGGACCCUGCAAGAAUGGAGCCUCUUGUACUGAUGGAAUUAACAGCUUCAGGUGUACAUGUAAGGAUGGCUUUAUUGGAAAGCUCUGCGAAGUCAAUGUUAAUGAAUGUGAAUCCAAUCCAUGUCUUAACCAGGCUAAAUGUACAGAUGGCAUCAAUUCUUACACUUGUAAAUGUGUGCCAGGAUAUUCGGGAAGCAGGUGUGAAACAGAACAGUCCUCUGGAUUUAACCUGGAGUUUGGGGUCUCUGCUAUAUAUAGCUAUGUCAUGCUUGAUAGUGUUUUACCGACACUGAAUGCAGUCACCUGUGCCUUCUGGAUGAAAUCCUCCGAUGUGACCAAUUAUGGGACACCAAUAUCAUAUGCCAUUGAUAAUGGCAUUGACAACGCAUUCCUUCUCACAGACUAUAACGGAUGGGUGCUUUAUGUUAAUGGCAAUGGGAGAAUAACCGAUUGCCCUUCCGUAAAUGAUGGUAAAUGGCACCAUAUUGCUGUUACUUGGACAAGUACUGAUGGGUCUUGGAAAGUCUAUAUUGAUGGAAAACUCUCAGACCAUGGAAAAGGCUUAUCAGUGGGAAAACACAUACCUGGAGGUGGUGCUUUAGUCCUUGCACAAGAACAAGACCAGAGGGGGGAAGGUUUCAACCCUGCAGAAUCUUUUGUUGGAUCAAUCAGUCAGCUUAAUAUAUGGGAUUAUCCACUUUUACCUGAACAGGUGAAAUUAUUGGCUACUUCAUGUCCACAUCAUCUUCAAAAGGGAAAUGUGUUAGCUUGGGCUGACUUCCUGGCAGGUGUGGUUGGAAAAGUUAAAGUAGACAACAAGAGCAUAUUCUGUUCAGAUUGUCCAGUCUUGGAAGGAUUGUCACCUCAUUUGCAUGCAUCCGACAGUGAUUUAAAACCAGGUUCCAAGAUCAGCUUGUACUGUGACCCUGGCUAUCAGAUUGUGGGCAGUUCAGAACAGUGGUGUCUUAACCUAGGAGAUUGGAACCAUCCUCUUCCACGCUGUGAAAGAAUCAGCUGUGGAAAGCCGCCUCAUCUGAAAAAUGGUAUUAAUACUGAUGAAAACUUUUUUGCUGGAAGCACUGUCACAUACCAGUGCAAUACUGGGUAUUACCUGCUUGGAGAUUCAAGGAUGUUUUGUACAGAUAAUGGAAGCUGGGAUGGUACCUCACCAAUGUGUUUGGAUGUUGAUGAAUGUGCAGUUGGAUCAGACUGCGAUAGACAUGCAUCAUGCACUAAUACUAAUGGCUCCUACAUUUGCACCUGCAUACCGCCAUACACUGGUGAUGGAAAAGCAUGUACAGGUAAAUAUGAACCUGUAAAAUGUCAAGAUCCGGGUGAGCUGGAAAAUGGAAAUUCUUCUGGUGACUACUUUGGCGUUGGAAGUGAACUGACAUUUUCAUGCAAUGAGGGAUAUAACUUGAAUGGAAGCGUGAAAGUAACAUGUUUGGAGUCUGGAGAGUGGAGUGGUGAAAUACCCUACUGCCAAGCUGUGUCAUGUGGCGAGCCACCAAGUCCAGAACAUGGAGGCAUUGUGGGCUCCAAUUUCACCUAUGGCAUGACAGUUAUUUUCAGAUGCAAUAAUGGAUAUACAUUAUUAGGCAGUGAAGAAACUGUAUGUCUUGCUGAUGGUUCCUGGAACAAUCAAGUCCCAUCUUGUGAGUCAGUCACUUGCUCCAAACCAAAGGAAAUAGCUUAUGGGAAUUUAACUUUAAGUGGUCUAACAUACAAGUCAACAGCAUCAUAUCAGUGUGACACAGGAUACAGUUUGCAGGGUCCAUCGACUUUGGUGUGUGAAGCUUCUGGUAACUGGAGUAGCCAGCAUCCAUCCUGUCAACUUGUGAAUUGUGGACCUCCUCCAGUUGUUAGGGAUGCCAUUUCCAAAGGACGCGACUUCACUUUUGGAAACAAAGUGACAUACACUUGUAAGGAAGGCUACAGUCUAGUUGGUCAGAAAACUAUAACCUGUUCAAUGACUGGAAAAUGGAGUGAGAAUAUUCCACAAUGUAUGGCCAUUUCUUGUGAUGAACCUCCAAAUACUGACCACGCCUCUUCAUACAGUGCUCAUAGACUUUAUGGAGACACUGCAUAUUAUUACUGCUUUGAUGGGUACAGUAUGGCUGAUAAUAGUAAAAUGCUGUGUAACACGCAAGGAAAGUGGGUACCUCCUGAUGGCAAGGAAACACCUUAUUGCAUUGCUGAUUUUUGUGAGAAGCCUCCUGCUGUUGCAUAUGGUAUCUUGGAGUCAAUCAACAAAGCCAAAUUUGUUUCUGGCACAACAGUUAGCUUCAAAUGUACUGAAGGCUUCAUACUAAACACCACUUCUAAGAUUGAGUGCUUGCGCGGUGGACAAUGGAACCCAUCACCUACAACAAUUCAGUGCAUACCGGUCCGUUGUGGAGAACCUCCUGGUAUAAAAAAUGGCUAUGUCAGUGGUAAUAACUACAGCUUUGAUGCAGUGGUAGCUUACAGUUGCAACAAAGGGUACUACAUAAAAGGGGAGAAGAAACGGACAUGUCAGGCAUCUGGAGAAUGGAGUGGUCGGCUUCCAGCUUGUCAUCCAGUGUCCUGUGGCCAACCACCUGAACUUGAAAAUGGUGUUAUAGAGAAUAAAACAGGCAACGUAUUUGAGGAUGAGGUAACUUAUUCCUGCAAACCUGGAUACAAACUAGUUGGUAGCAACAAAAAAGUAUGCCAAUCCAAUAAACAGUGGUACAGUGAGUCUCCACUAUCAUGUACUCUUCUAAGCUGUGAAAAACCACCACCCCUUAAACAUGGUGACAUUAAAGGGGCAACUAUUGAUGUUGGUUCAAAAAUUGAAUUUGUAUGUGAUGAGGGAUAUGAACUUGUUGGAGAAACUAGCUGGACUUGUCAAAAAAAUGGAAAAUGGGACAAAAAAAAAUUACCUAAUUGUGUACCAUCAAAAUGCCAAGAACCACCACUAUUAGAACACCAGUUAGUACUUAAAGAGGUUGCUAAUGAAACAGGAGUUGUAAAAUUUUCCUGUAGAGAUGGCUAUGUUCUCCAAGGUUCCUCUGUUUUACGAUGUCUACCAUCACAACACUGGAAUGAUUCUUUUCCAUUAUGCAAGCUUGUUCUCUGUCCCAAGCCACCAGAUAUUGAUUUUGGGGACCCCAAAUCAGUGCCUUCUCUUCAUUAUGGGACUAAUAUACAAUAUACAUGUAUGGAUGGAUUUCUGCUUAGGGGACCACCUGAAAUAACUUGUGAAGCAGACGGUAAUUGGGGUCCAGAUCUUCCCAGCUGUGCUCCAGUUGAGUGUCCUCAACCAGAUGAAAUUCCUAAUGGAAUUGUUGACGUUCAGGGACUGACAUAUCUCAGCACCGUUCUUUAUACAUGCAAACCUGGAUUUGAGUUAAUGGGAAAUGCAACGUUAAUUUGUGGACCAGUAGGACAUUGGCUAGGUGGACUGCCAGUAUGUAAACCCAUCAGAUGUCCUGGAGCUAAAGAUAUUACAAAUGGCAAAAGUUCUUCACACAGUCUUCAUUUUGGACAAACUGUCACAUAUUCAUGUAAUAAAGGGUACAGACUUGAAGGACAGCCUAUUAUUACUUGCAUUGAAACCGGAGAAUGGGAUGCUAAUCCCCCAAUCUGUAAAGCGAUUGCUUGUGAUCCUCCUCACGCUAUUAACAAUGGCUUUGUAGAAGGAGCUGAUUAUAGGUAUGGCGCCAUGAUCAUUUAUAGUUGUAUGCCUGGUUAUCAGUUAACUGGACCUGCUAUAAUUACUUGUGAAGAUUCAGGUUGGUCCAGUCCUACUCCAAUGUGUGUGCAUACAGAUUGUGGUCUCCCACCACAUAUUGACUUUGGACAAUAUAGAAAAUAUGAUGACAUCAUAAUGAAUGGGAACCUGAAACUUGAAAUGUAUAAAGCAUCAAUUACUACCCAACCUCCAAACACUCUAUAUAAUUACCAUAAAGGUGGUAAUUAUUCAGUGAGGGAUAUUAGCAAUGAUGUCUCAGAAUUUUUAUAUGGAACUUUUAUUUUGUACACUUGUUACCAUGGCUAUGAACACCAGGGAGAACCGCUAUUAUUUUGUCAGGAAGAUGGUACUUGGAAUGGAAGUGCCCCUGUCUGUUUGCCAAUAGAAUGCAUUAUACCUAUAGCUCCUGAAAAUGGCAUGGUACAUUAUACUGAUAAAUCACUUGAUAGCACUAUUUAUUAUAAAUGUAAGGAGGGAUAUGAACUUAUUGGGUCAGAGAACAGUACCUGCUUGUCUACAAAGAAAUGGAGUAAUGACAUUCCACAGUGUGCUAUCAUAUUUUGCAAGCCACCUACCCAGAUACCAAAUGGAUACAUAGAAGCCUCAAAUUACUCAUAUAUGAGUGUUGUGCAUUAUAAAUGUGACAUUGGAUAUAGAAUACAUGGCUCUAGCAAAAUAACAUGUCAAGACGAUACACAGUGGGAUGGGGAAGAACCUAUAUGCAUCCCUAUUUCUUGUGGUCAGCCCCCAGUUCUAAUAAAUGGACAAAUUAGUGGAAAUGACUAUAGUUAUGGAAAGCAUAUUGAGUAUCAGUGCUUUGAAGGCUUCAUCCUCAAUGGUGCUAAGAACAGAACCUGCCUUGAGGAUGGACAAUGGAGUGGAACAUUCUCAGAAUGCAUACCGAUAACAUGCAAAACACCUCAGGCUGUUGUUAAUGGGGAGAUUGAAGGGACAGAAUAUACUGUUGGAAGCAAUAUAAUUUAUAGGUGUAACCAAGGGCAUAAGUUAGAAGGAGUAUCAAAGCUUACCUGCCAAAAAGAUGGAGCAUGGGAUGCAGAAGCCCCACUGUGCACUCCCAUAGAUUGUGGUCCUCCAGAAGAUAUUUCUCAUGGUUUCCUUAACAGUUCAGGCUUUCAUUACAAUGAAUAUGUGCAAUAUAUUUGCUUUCCUGGUUAUGAAAUACAUGGAAGUCCGACACGACAAUGUUUAGCAAGUGGCUUGUGGAGUGGAAAUGCCCCCCAUUGUCUUCUUUGUGAAUGCUCUAAACCACCUAUUCUAAAUGCAAAGGUUAUUGGAGAGGAUUUCAGCUGUGGCCAUUCAAUCAAAGUCAAAUGUAAUGAUGGCUUCAAACUGUUUGGACAUUCUGAACUCAGUUGUGAGUCUGCAGGAAAAUGGAGUACAGGCUUUCCAUACUGUGGAAAGGUGUCUUGUGGUCCUCCACCUAUCAUUCCAAAUGCAUUCAUUAACGGUAGUAGUUCAACACUUGAGAAUGCAAUCAAAUACACAUGCCUCACAGGCUACAUUAUGCAAGGGAAGUCUGAUCUUGUGUGCACAGAAGAUGGAAAUUGGAGUAAUCCCUACCCUAUUUGUCAGUUACUUUCCUGUGGACCACCACCAAUUAUUCCAUACACCAUAAUAACUGGUGAUUCCUACACUUAUGGAAGUGUGAUUGAAUAUCGAUGUGAAGAUGGCUAUAUAAUGGAUGGAGACACAGUAACAAAAAGAUGUGUGGAGGAUGGAUUCUGGUCAACAGAAGAAAUUGUCUGUGUCCCAAGAAAAUGUAAAUUGCAAUCAGAUACAGUAAAAAUCAAGGCAGAUUAUGAUAUAAAUAGAACUGUAACUGUCGUAUGCAAAACUGGUUAUACAUUGUCAGGACCAAGCACCUCAACCUGUAUGACAGAUGGCAACUGGUUACCUCCUCUGACUGAUGACGUAUGUUCUCCUAUAUCAUGUGGUCAACCUUCUGUUCCUGAUCAUGGCACAGUGUUUGGCACCAAAUAUUUCUACAAAGAUACUGUUCUCUACCAAUGUGAUGCUGGAUAUGAAAUACAUGGUUCAAUUGAAAGAGUGUGUGAGGCAAACAAAUCAUGGAGUGGAGUGGAUCCUCAGUGCAAAAGGAUUUCCUGCAACCAGCCAGAACUAAUAGAGAAUGGUCUCAUUCAUGGCACAAGCUACUUUUUUGAAGAUGAAAUUCAUUAUAGCUGUAACCAAGGAUAUGAAAUUCAUGGUCCAAGCCAUAGAAUAUGUCAUGUGGAUAAACAAUGGCGCCCAUCAGCUCCUACGUGUGUGAAGACCAGAUGUGAAAUCCCAAAUGAUUUACAAAAUGGACGCGUUGAGUAUGAAAGUUCUACUGUCCGUAGCACUGUAAAGUACCAUUGUAAUAGUGGGUAUAGUUUGGAAGGGGAAGAUGUUGCCAGAUGCUCAGAAAAUGGAAAAUGGAGUCAUCCUGCACCUCUGUGUAAACCAAACCCUUGUCCUGUGCCAUUUGUGAUCCCGGACAAUGCAAUUCUGACAGAAAGCGAAUUCUAUGUUGGCCAAAAGUUAUCCAUAAAAUGUCGAAAGGGCUAUCGCCUUACUGGCCAAGCCGUUAUAACUUGCAAUGCUGAUUUAACCUGGACAGAAUCAAAUGCUAAAUGCGAAAAAAUAUCUUGUGGUCCACCUGUUCAUGUGCAAAAUGCACUGAUCCGAGGAUUGUUUCAUCAUUUUGGAGACAUGGUGACAUACUCAUGUUACAGUGGAUACAUGUUAGAGGGAUCAUUUAGAAGUGUAUGUUUGGAAAAUCAGACAUGGACCACACCUCCUUCCUGCAAAGCUGUAUGCAGAUUUCCAUGUCAGAAUGGUGGUGUAUGUGAAAGGCCAAAUGCAUGUUCCUGUCCUGAAGGUUGGAUGGGAAGGCUUUGUGAAGAACCAAUUUGCAUCCUACCAUGUCUAAAUGGAGGUCGUUGUACAACUCCAUACAAAUGUGACUGCCUAAAUGGAUGGACUGGAUCUCGCUGUCAUCUUGCGGUUUGCCAGUCGCCUUGCUUAAAUGGAGGUAGAUGUAUACGACCAAACAGAUGUAAUUGCCCACCAAGCUGGACAGGGCCUGACUGUUCUAGAAAAAGAAAGAAUGGGUUUUCUCCUUUUUAGUGGUAAAUUGGAUUUGCUGCACAGAAAAGAAUCCAUUUCAUGCAGGAUCUAAAAUGGAGUGCAUUUUAAUUCAAAUUUGAAUGCCAUAAUGUGAUAUAUUUUCUUAAGCUUGUGGAUGUUUUUUUUUUUAAGUUCUUCUGUAUUUUCAUAUGCAAAUGUAUAUUAAUAAUAUGCUGCUGAAAGUUGAAUGUUAAUUGAAUGGGAAUAUUGUAUAUACUUUCUCAAGGUUCACUUAAAUACUGCAUCUAAAUGGGUUUAACUUCCCAGGUAAUGGUAGGGGAUAUGCCUGUGAUGGCAGAUAAUGAGCAGAAAAACUGAAAAGAUCAGAAUUCAACAAUGUUUAUAUAUCUUUUGCUGUCUUUCUGUUAAUUGGAUUCAAGAUUCAGCAAAAAAAAAAUGUUUAUUUUGCUUAUUGUAACUAUGUUGUUGAUGUGAAUUACUCAUAAAAGGAAAGGCUUACAAUCCAUUUUAUAAUAAAAAGAAAGAACUCA